UGAAGCAGCAGCAGCCACAGCCACACCUGCAGUCUCUAUGGCAGAUACAGUGACGUCCACAGUAGCCACUAUGGCAGAAGUCACAGAAGCCGCUAGAGGAACAGUUGCAGACACAAUGAUGCAAACGGCAAUGGCCAUGGGCACAGUCGCAACUAGAGAGUCAUCCUCAUCAGAAACAUGCCAAGCGGCCGUAACAGGAAGCACAGCUGAGGCAGCAGCAGCCAAAGCAACACCUACUGUCUAUGUGGCAGAUACAAUGGCGGCCACAGUAGCCGCUACGGCAGAAGUCACAGAAGCCGCUAGAGGAACAGUUGCAGACACAAUGAUGCAAACAGCAACAGCCAUGGGCACACGCGCAGGUAGCGCGUCAUCCACAUCAGAAAUAUGCCAAGCGGUCGUAGCAGGAAGCACAGCUGAGGCAGCAGCAGUCAAAGCAGCACCUCCCGUCACUGUGGCAGAUACAUUGUCGCACACAGUAGCCGCUGCAGCAGAAGUCACAGCAGCUGCUACGGCAACAGUCACCAACACAAAGAUGCAAACGGCAACAGCCAUGGACACAGUCGCAGCUAGAGAUUCUUCCACAUCGGAAACAUGCCAAGCGGCCGUAACAGGAAGCACAGCUGAGGCAGCAGCAGCCACAGCAACACCUACGGUCUCUGUGGCAGAUAGAGUGUCGUCCACAGUAGCCGCUACGGCAGAAGUCACAGCAGCCGCUACAGGAACAGUUACAGACACAAUGAUACAAAUGGCAACACCCAUGGACACAGUCGCAGCUAGAGAGUCAUCCACAUCAGAAACAUGCCAAGCAGCCGUAACAGGAAGCACAGGACGGGCGGAAGCAGUGUUUGAUUCGUCCGACCAUAGCACAGCGGCUCAUGCUUUACGCAUGACAUGGCGAGUACGCAUCGCUCCCUCAGCAGGCAACAGGCGCUGGCGGCCAAAGAUUGGGUCCAGAUAUGGCCGGACCAACCAGAUCGGUUCCGCAACCCCUGUUUCUCUUCUUGUUUUAACUGGAGCAGAGGCAGAAGCUGUCACAGCAGCACUUACAGUCCCUGUGGCAGAUACUGUGACACAUGCAGCAGCCGCUACGACCACAAUUGCAGACAACGCGGGGCACACAGCAGCCGCUAUGGCAGAAGUCACAGCAGCCGCUACAGCAACAGUCGCAGACACAAUGAUGCAAAUGGCAACAGCCAUGGACACAGUCGCAGCUAGAGAGUCAUCCACAUCAGAAACAUGCCAAGUGGCCGUAACAGGAAUCACAGACAAUCCGUUUCAUCUGGUUAGGUUUGUGUGUGACAUUCAACCAUGGUUGAACGAAGUUGACGCAGAUCGACUGCGACAGAUGGUGAUCAAGAAACAUCUCAUAACUGACAGCGCAUCAAUAGAGAGACUAAAGAGAAUUCGGUCCCGGGAUGGACAAUCUGCUCAUAAUAAGGAGCUCAUCCAGUUGCUCAGAGCUGGUGGCCUAAAGACUUAUCGUGAUCUCGGUGUUGUCAUUGAGGAACUUGGGUAUGUGGACAGGAGCAAGGACAUGCUCUCCAUUUUGUCCCACACAGCUGAUGCAGCAGCAGCCACAGCAACACCUGCAGUCUCUAUGGCAGAUACAGUGACGUCCACAGUAGCCGCUGUGGCAGAUACUGUGACCCAUACAGCAGCCGCUACGACCACACUCACAGACAACGUGGCGCACACAGUACCCGCAAUGGCAGGAGUCACAGCAGCCGCUACAGGAACAGUCGCAGACACAAUGAUGCAAAUGGCAACAGCCAUGGGCACAGUCGCAGCUAGAGAGUCAUCCACCUCAGAAACAUGCCAAGCGGCCGUAACAGGAAGCACAGCUGAGGCAGCAGCAGCAACACCUACGGUCUCGGUGGCAGAUACAGCGUCGCCCACAGUAGCCGCUACGGCAGAAGUCACAGCAGCCGCUACAGCAACAGUCGCAGACACAGUGACACAAACGGCAACAGCCAUGGGCACAGUCGCAACUAGAGAGUCAUCCACAUCAGAAACAUGCCAAGUGGCCGUAACAGGAAGCACAGGACGGGCAGAAGCAGUGUUUGAUUCGUCCGACCAUACCACAGCGGCUCAUGCUUUACGCAUGACAUGGCGGGUACGCAUCGCUCCCUCAGCAGGCAACAGGCGCUGGCGGCCAAAGAUUGGGUCCAGAUAUGGCCGGACCAACCAGAUCGGUUUUGCAACCCCUGUUUCUCUUCUUGUUUUAACUGGAGCAGAGGCAGAAGCUGUCACAGCAGCACUUACAGUCCCUGUGGCAGAUACUGUGUCACACGCAGCAGCCGCUACGACCACACGCGCAGACAACGUGGCGCCCACUGUAGCCGCUACGGCAGAGGUCACAGCAGCCGCUACAGCAACAGUCGCAGACACAAUGAUGCAAACAGCAGCAGCCAUGGGCACAGUCGCAACUAGAGAGUCAUCCACAUCAGAAACAUGCCAAGCGACCGUAACAGGAAGCACAGGACCCGCGGAGGCAGCUGUCGAUUUGCCCGGCCAUACCACAGCCUUCCAUGCUUUGUGCGUGGUAUGGAGAGGACGCCUGACCACCUCAGCAGCCAACACUCGUUGGUGGUCAAAGAGUUGGUCUGGUGAUGCCCUGGCUAACCGCAUCGGUUCCGCCGCACCUGUAACUCUUCUGUUUUUAACCAAUGCUGAAACAGUAGCAGCAGUCACAGCAGCACAUGCAGGCUACGAGGUAGAUGCAGUUGCACCCACAGCAGCCUCUACAGCAACAGUCGCAGACACAAUGAUGCAAGCGGCAACAGCUAUGGACACAGCCGCAGCUAGAGAGUCAUCCACAUCAAAAACAUGCCAAGCGGCCGUAACAGGAAUCAUAGACAAUCCGUUUGACACUGGAACUUUCACUAGUCGCAUACUUCCAAAGUUAUGCGAAAUACCCUGUGCAAUGUUUCGCAGGAGUGUUCAGAAGCAGGGUCUACUACACAAUAUGGCAGAAAUCAAUGAAUUGAUGCGCACAGAAAAGUACGAGCCAGUAGAAAACCAUAAUGUCAAGAUCAUCGGAUACAUCCAUCCUGGAGGAGUGGAUUCCUACAAAAAGCUCUGUGCAGCCAUCAAAGGCCUGAAGUAUGAAGUUUUGUACAGAGAGAUGAUCAUACUGCUUCCUGCUGACCGUCAGCCUAGAGAUGAUUGACCCACACUGGCUGCUCACAGUGCUACGAGUUUAUGAUGUGGAUGAUCAUCAUCGUCAGUGACAGCAGCAUCACCAGUAUCAGCCACAGCAGCAUCACCAGUAUCAGCCACAGCAGCAGCAGCAACAGCAACAACAACAGCAGCAGCAGAAGUAGCAGCAGCAACAGCAGCAACAGCAGCAACAGCAGUAGCAGCAGAAGCAGCAGCAACAGCAGCAACAGCAGUAGCAGCAGCACAAGCAUACUCAUGACCUAAUUAUCAGGUACACUACUUUGUGUGAUUCCUGCUCUGGCGCAACUAUGUACACACACUGUACAACUAUGUACACACACUGUGCAACUAUCUGCUGAGCUAGUGGUUGCGGAAGCAGGUGUUCUUGCCAUUUAAUAGCUCUAUUGCUACCCGUUGUUAUUUUUUCUUCCUGCCAUUUAUUUCCUUUCCUCCUAUGCUCCUUACAUAUUCGCCUUUAUGUUAUUGGGCCACUACAGGUUUGAUUGUACAACUAUGUACUGUACACACACUGAACAAGGCAGAGGAGAUUUGUUUUUUCGGUUUGGUUUUCGAUACGAGAAACAAUAUUCGCUCAUUUGUUCAGCUGCAUAAUAUUUCUGCAUAAUAUUUCUGCAAGAUAUUUCUGCAUUGUUUUAUUUUGUCUGGUCUCAGUAGUUGUUGCAGUUAUGCUAGGGUUUACCAGGUGUUAGCGGCCGUCGUGAACGGACACGAUUUACUUUUUUCACUUUUUAUCAUCCUAGUCAACCUGGGACAACUUCAGUAGACCAUAUUUGUAAGUGGAUUGAUCAAGAUCUGCCUUCACUGUUCCGUACAUUCCAAAUUCUCUCGGCUGGAGAUCUGUUUUUUUCUGUCUCUUUGGCGUUCAAACUGCAUUUAGGGCUACGUAAUGGUGUUUAAAUUGGCGUGUGAGCAACACUGGCUCACACUCAAAACUAUUUUUACUUCACCAUAAGCACAGGCAAAAUCUGCCUUCCCACUGUGUUGAUGACGGUAGCACAACACAGAAGUGUCACUGCUGCCUUUUGUGGAGCACUUUUCAGAGUGUGUUUCUUUGUGUUAUUUCUUGCUGUUCCCUGCUUCCUCUUCUGUCCUUUUUGCUAGCCACUGCCAUAAGCCAUCAUCUGAUUAUCUUUUUUUCCUUCUCUGCGACAUUAGAUUUGUAGACCGUUAAUUUUAUGUUUCAAACUCCAUGUUGUUGUCUCUCCUCUCCGGGAGUCCCCCCCCCCCCCCACACACACACUCACACCCAUCAUUCCCAUCCCGUACCCAACCCCACGCAUACACACCACACCACACCUCUACAUUAUCGUGCUACUGUUUUCAUUGAGUAGUCUUGGUCAUGCUAAUUACAAUAGAAAUCCCCUCCUCCUCUCCCACAUGUCUAUUUCACCUCUCUUUACAAGUCAUGCUCCCUCUAGUAUUAAACUAUUAUUCUCGGGAGAGAGUAGUGUUUGGUUAUCAUAUUUUUCGAUCUUUUUUAUUUUCCCUCUAAUGAAAAUGACUGUGAGUGACGAUAGGGUAAUUUUAAAUGUUUUGCGAGAGUUGGCAGUCUCGGAGGGCCGGCUGUCAGUGAUUUGGAGAUGAUGUUGGACAGGACACUACCCAUGUAUUCUCCUGGCAUGUUUUUUUUGUUUUGUCACAGGUGUUAUAUUGUUUUGGUUUUUACAUUGAUUUUGUAUGUCGAAACAAGGGGAUUACGGAUUUUUGACUCUUUCCUCUACCAAAUGCCACUGUUUACACAUGUAUUUGUUUUCAUUUUUUGGUGUUGUGUUCUAGUCAUUCAUCAUGCCACCGUGAAUUGUAUUCUGUUUGCCCGUAAAAGAGGCCUGUGUUUUA